AUGGCCUACUACGACGGUCGUCAAUACUCUCGCCCGUCGGCCGGCUACGAUCCUGACUACUAUCCCCCGCCAACUCGCCAUCAGACUGAUGUCGUGCGUCAUCACCGCGAUGGCAGUGUCGAGUCCUUCGAGGCCGUGCACCGCGACUAUCCCCCCGCUGAUUACGGCUACGAGUACGGCUACGGCAUUCCCCCGCAGGGUAAACCCACCCGCGCCGCCACCGUCCACGAAAGCGUGCGCCGUUCCCACUCCGUGAACCACCGCGACCCCUACGACGAUGGCUCUGACUACUACCGUCAUUCGCAUCGCCGGUCUCGACGCCACGAUGACCGUCGUGACCGAGGGAAAUAUUCCCGCUCCCCAUCCGACAGCCGCUCCCCCCCUCGUCGACGGAAGUCGAUCUCCGAACAAGCCCUCGGGGCGCUCGGGCUGGGCGCUCUCGCCUCGUCGGGCUCGAGACCUCGGGAGCGUGGGCGCUCGCAGGGUCGCGGCGACCGCAAAUCCUACUCCUACUCGCCUUCUCCGACCCGUUCCCGGAGCCGCCAGCGGCGCGAGAGAAGCCAGCAACGCAUCGCGCAGGCCAUGCGGGCCGCGCUGACCGCCGGAGCGAUCGAGGCCUUCCGGGUCCGCAAGGAUCCUGGCGAGUGGACGGGCGAGAAGGGCAAACGCAUUCUAACGGCGGCCAUCGCGGCCGGGGGCACGGACGGACUGGUGGAUCGCGACCCCAAGAGGCAUUCCAAGCGCCAUGUCGUCGAAUCCACCCUGGCGGGGCUCGCGGCAAACCAUUUCCUCAACGGGUCCCGGUCGCGCUCGCGCUCGCGCGGCCGCCAUCACCACCGCUCCCAGAGCAACAGCGGCGUGAAGAAUCUCGCCGCCACCGGGGCCCUGGCGGCGAUUGGCAAGGAGGCCUACGAUCGGUUCCGGUCCAAGUCUCGCCCGCGCAGCCGCAGCCGCAGCCGCGGCCGAUCCUCCUCGCAGGACAGCUACGAUGACCGUCGCCCGAGAAGACGCAGCAAGAGCGUCUCGGACUACAUCAACAAGGGCAUGGCCGCGCUGGGGCUGAGUGAGAAGGACCACCCCCACAGCCGGGACCGCCGGGACCGGGAUGGCCGCCGCUCGUCGCGGCGCGAUGACUACGAUUACCCCGAGGACUACAGCGACUACGAGUACCGCCAGUAUCGGUCCAGCCCGCGGCGCGCCCGGCAAUCAAGAGAUGUGAGUCGACCGAUGAAUCCAGCCGACGACGCAGCCGGCCGUACCCGUGCUGCCCCGAAUGAUGAUCAUCGCUCCCCCAGCACCAAACCCGAGGAUUGUGACUCUGACUUGGGAAGCAGUACCGAUGAGGAAAAGCGCCAGAAGAAACUCACGCGCAAGACGCUGGUCAAGACCGGGCUGGCGACCGUGGCCACCAUCCACGCCGCCCACGAGGUGUAUGAAAAUAUGGAGAAGCACAAGAAACGCGCCGAGCAGCUGCGCGAGGGCGAGAUCACUCCCGAAGAAGCCCGCCGCCGGCGCCUCAAGGCCAACCUCAGCGACGUCGCCAGCGUCGGCAUCGCCGCCUGGGGGAUCAAAGGCGCCGCCGAGGAGUGGAAGCACGCCGCCGAACUCCGCAAGGAGCGCCACAAGUUACGCGAGGAGUGCGAGCAGAAACGCCAGCGCCGCCAGCAGCGCGCCCAGAGCCAGGGCGGUGGUGGGUACCGCAAUCACCACGAUCCCCGCACCAUGUACCCCGAUGAGAUUGAGGAACACCAUCCCUCCGAGUAUGGGUCUAGCUCGAGUCUGCGCUCGCGGUCGGCGGGGAGGUCCUCGCGCGUGCCGAUGGCGCAGUACGCUUGAUGACUGUGGGUGGUGGUGGUGGUGUAUGUUAUGAUAUGAUGAUGAGCUUAAUGAUGUAAUGACUUUUCUUUGUUUCGAUGUUGUCGGUCGUUGACAUGAAGUGCAGUUUUUGAUGUAUUUCAUGACGGCUGUGGGUGGGCUCGGCUGCGGGCUUUGUGGUUCUGCGUGCGAUGGAAUGAUGAUUAUGAUACUAGGGGGCAAUCUGCUCUACUGUUGUGAUUCGAGAAGUUAUUCGUUGAAGUGUUACUACUCUCUUUUUUUUUUCCAUUCCAAGACCGUUCCUUCCAGUCCGACCAUACCCGACGCCUGCAUCCAACUUGAUUAAUGAAGUAUCCGAUCUUUAGCCGGUCUGGAGUUUCAUCCACUAUGCGAUCAACGGAGC